GGGCGCGCGCGCUCAUAGCGGGGAGCCGACUCACCCGAGCGCCUCUCCCCUUAGUUUCGCGUUUGACCUGCGCAGGCUCAAGCCCGCAAGAUGGCGGCGGCUGGAGCAGGCCGUCUGAGGCGGGCGGCGUCAGCUCUAUUGCUCCGGAGCCCCCGACUGCCGACCCGGGAGCUGUCAGCUCCGGCCCGGCUCUAUCACAAGAAGGUUGUUGAUCAUUAUGAAAAUCCUAGAAACGUGGGGUCUCUUGACAAGACAUCUAAAAAUGUUGGAACUGGAUUAGUGGGGGCUCCAGCAUGUGGUGAUGUAAUGAAAUUGCAGAUUCAAGUGGAUGAAAAGGGGAAGAUCGUGGAUGCCAGGUUUAAAACAUUUGGUUGUGGUUCUGCAAUUGCCUCCAGCUCCUUAGCCACUGAAUGGGUGAAAGGGAAGACGGUAGAGGAAGCCUUGACCAUCAAAAACACAGACAUCGCCAAGGAACUCUGCCUUCCCCCUGUGAAACUGCACUGCUCCAUGCUGGCUGAAGAUGCGAUCAAGGCUGCCCUGGCUGAUUACAAACUGAAACAAGAACCUAAGAAGGGAGAGGCGGAGAAGUGAGCCCUUGGCGAAGCUUCCAGCUGGGCACAUCGGCUGCUUGCCCACCCGCCGUGCAGUCACCGUAGAUUUCCGAAGCCCCUCACACUACAGCGAAAGAGCUAUGCGACUCUCACGUUUGCUGUUCACAUUGUGGCCCUAAUGCAAGCAAGAUACACAGUGUCAUUGUUGUGCAUCCUGUGGUUUCUUUCAGCCCGCUUUUAUCCCCUUAACCCAGUUAUGUAUAUUCUGAAUUGUGUGUAUGGCCUCAAACUGAAAUCGGUAAUGAAGUCCCAAGUUUUGGUAGUCUGUGAAGGGCACAAAGAUCUAUUUUACCUGAAUCUGUUUUGGGGAAGGUUACCAAUAGCAUGCCUUUGUAAGAUUCUUUGCUAGAACCAAGCAUUGUAUAUAAAACAUACCUGCAUAUAUACAGUAAAUAAAAGAACGCAAGACAAUGUUUUUCUCUGCUAA